UUUUACAACGUCUAGUAUAUUUACUUGAUACGCCUAAAAUGAAUCCUUUAACAAAUGUAAAAAAUAUAAAGAGACUUGGAGAACAGGAAUUAUUAAGUGACAGAAAAACAUCUUGGCAUGAUCAAUACAAAGACAGUGCCUGGAUUUUUGUUGGUGGUUUACCAUAUGAUUUAACAGAAGGUGACAUUAUAACCAUAUUUUCUCAAUACGGAGAAGUAGUAAACAUAAAUUUAAUUAGAGAUAAAGAUACAGGAAAACAAAAAGGAUAUGGUUUUUUGUGUUACGAAGAUCAACGAAGUACAAUAUUAGCUGUUGAUAAUUUUAAUGGAAUUAAGAUAUUAGGAAGAACAAUACGCGUUGAUCAUGUAGCAAAUUACAAAGCACCAAAAGAUUCAAAGAAUAUUGAUGAAGAAACUAAACGAGUUAGAAGAGAAGGUUGUGCUCCAAAAAAUGUACAAUAA